AUGAAUUACGGACAGCUAAUUUUUGUGGAGGUCAUCGUCAUUCAAUUAAGAAGAAGAGGAGGUCAUCGCCGGGUAGAAGUAAUAGGAGGUCAUCGCCGGGUCCAUCAUCUGAUGUUCCUCUGCUCUGUUGGUCGAGACUGGUCGUGGCAAGCACGAAAGAUGCCAUCUGCAAAGCUUGUUGUGAAACAUAAUUCUAAUAGAAAUACCUCUAGUUAUUGGGCGGGCAAGAUACGAUUGGGGCAACAGGAGCACAUACAUGAAAUUGCUCAGAUCUUUCAUCUGAAUGCAAACAGUUAGACCUUCGACCUCUUGCCAGGCACGUGAAUCAAUCAAUCAAUCAAUCAAUCUAUCAAUCGAAGAGUGUUGGUCUUGGUCUCUGAUCCCCUGCUCUUCAUCUCCCACGACUGUUGAUCUUCCCCCACUGUUCUUGAGUAUGUAUAAGUAGACCGUUGAAGCAGGAAAAACAAUGAGUAUAUUUGAUUUCUAAGAAAGUACUAAACACGAAAGGCUAACAAGAAACGGAAUUCAAUUCCUCCUUUGUACUUUCUAAGUGUUGGAUACAUUCGAACACAGACUGUUAAGUCGCGUCUAGUUUCUCGG